AUGGAUGUGAGGUUCUACCCCGCGGCGGCCGGGGACCCCGCCGGCCUGGACUUCGCGCAGUGCCUGGGGUACUACGGCUACAGCAAGUUUGGAAAUAAUAAUAACUACAUGAGCAUGGCCGAAGGGAACAAUGCUUUCUUUGCUGCUGGUGAGCAGACAUUCCAUACGCCUAGCCUCGGGGAUGAGGAGUUUGAAAUCCCACCGAUCACGCCUCCUCCAGAGUCAGACCCCGCCCUGGGCAUGCCAGAUGUACUGCUACCUUUUCAAGCCCUCAGUGAUCCACUGCCUUCCCAGGGAAGUGAAUUCACGCCCCAGUUUCCCCCUCAAAGCCUGGAUCUUCCUUCUAUUACAAUCUCAAGAAAUCUUGUGGAACAAGAUGGCGUGCUUCAUAGCAGUGGGCUGCAUAUGGAUCAGAGCCAUGCCCAAGUCUCACAAUACCGUCAGGAUCCAUCCUUGAUCAUGAGGUCCAUCGUGCACAUGACCGAUGCUGCUCGCUCUGGGAUCAUGCCUCCUGCUCAGCUCUCCACCAUCAACCAAUCUCAGCUCAGUGCCCAGCUGGGGUUGAAUUUGGGAGGUGCCAGUAUACCCCACACAUCUCCUUCACCCCCAGCAAGCAAAUCGGCCACUCCCUCCCCUUCCAGCUCCAUCAACGAAGAGGAUGCUGAUGAAGCCAACAGAGCCAUUGGAGAGAAAAGAGCUGCUCCAGAUUCUGGCAAGAAGCCCAAGACUCCAAAGAAAAAGAAAAAGAAAGAUCCCAAUGAGCCACAGAAGCCAGUGUCAGCAUAUGCCCUAUUUUUUAGAGACACACAGGCUGCAAUUAAAGGUCAAAACCCCAAUGCCACCUUCGGAGAGGUCUCAAAAAUCGUAGCCUCUAUGUGGGACAGCCUUGGAGAAGAACAAAAGCAGGUAUAUAAAAGGAAAACGGAAGCUGCCAAAAAAGAAUACCUGAAGGCCCUGGCUGCAUACCGGGCCAGCCUCGUUUCUAAGGCUGCUGCUGAAUCAGCAGAAGCCCAAACCAUUCGAUCUGUCCAGCAGACCCUGGCGUCGACCAAUCUGACAUCCUCCCUCCUUCUCAACACUCCACUGUCUCAACAUGGAACAGUAUCCGCAUCACCUCAGACUCUCCAGCAAUCGCUCCCUAGGUCAAUUGCUCCCAAACCUCUAACCAUGAGACUCCCCAUGAACCAGAUUGUCACAUCGGUCACCAUUGCAGCCAACAUGCCCUCGAACAUUGGGGCUCCACUGAUCAGCUCCAUGGGAACGACCAUGGUUGGCUCAGCCUCCUCCACCCAAGUGAGCCCUUCCGUGCAAACCCAACAGCAUCAGAUGCAGUUGCAGCAGCAGCAGCAACAGCAGCAGCAGCAGCAGCAGCAGCAACAACAACAGAUGCAGCAGAUGCAGCAGCAGCAACUCCAGCAGCACCAAAUGCAUCAGCAAAUCCAGCAGCAGAUGCAGCAGCAGCAUUUUCAGCACCACAUGCAGCAGCACCUGCAGCAGCAGCAGCAUCUCCAGCAGCAGCUCAACCAACAGCAGCUGCAGCAGCAGCUGCAGCAGCAUCUUCAGCUGCAGCAGCUGCAACACAUGCAGCACCAGUCGCAGCCUUCUCCUCGGCAGCACUCCCCCGUCGCCUCUCAGAUAACAUCCCCCCUCCCUGCCAUCGGAAGCCCCCAGCCAGCCUCCCAGCAGCACCAGUCACAAAUACAGUCUCAGACACAGACUCAAGUAUUAUCGCAGGUCAGUAUUUUCUGA